GAAGUUAAUCAGGAGGGACAGGAAGUUAGUCAGGAGAAACCGGAAGUGCUCAAAAACCUACAGGAAGUGCUCAAAAAUCAACAGGAAAUGAGUCAGGAGGAACAGGAAGUUGCUCCAGAAGAUCAGGAAGUUGUUGGUCGGGAGGGACAGGAAGUCGGUCAGGAAGAACAGGAAGUUGGUCAGGAGGGACAGGAAGUUGUUCAAGAGGAAUCGGAAGUGGGUAAUGAAGAACCGGAA